AUGGCAAGCAUAAAGAGCAAGCUCAAGGGCCAACUGGAGGCCCUACACUCUUUCGUUCAAGGAAGCGACAGCACUGAAGAAGUCAAAUCGGCGCUCAAAGAACCUUUCACUCUUUUCCUCCUCCCACGCGAAGUGGGUAGCCCCAACACAUUCCGUUUUCUCAGUGGUAUCAGUGAAGAUGAGCUGCCGGAGUACCGAAAGAUAUUUGUGACGAAAUUGUUGAACGAGCACUAUGAGUUCCUCCUCAAGAUCGUUGCGCCGAAUUUCUUGGGACGAAUUUCGAAGAGUGAGAGGAAGGACUUGUUCGACGCAUACUUUGUCCCGGGACAGCAACUGCAGAAUCCGGAUGUGAGAGUGAUUAUCCUAUCGUCGCUCUGUUUCCUUUCGGAUGCGGUCUCUUGGAAAGAGCACACAAACGUGCUGAAAACGGCCACGGGGCUGUUACAAAAGCUUCUGACCGCCGUGGCCGUCUGGGAUUUUUGCUUCAAUAUCUGUGGUCGAUGUACGGCAACGGGACCGGCUAGCGCCGCAGCGCAGAGCGCAGACUGGCAGCAAUAUGUUGCGACGGUGUGUUUCUUACCGGAUAGGAUGGCUAAUGCCCUUGGCCAGAAAACGCCGGAUUUCUUCGUUGGAACCCGACUAAUGGGCCGCUUGGGAAAAGAUCUCAUCGCUGCUUUCUCGGCGUGUGCGAAACUGGAUGCAGAACAUUUUGAGCGCACCGUAUCGUACCUCGCACUGCUGAUAGCGAAGAUGGUCCGGUUGGGGUACUCCGCAACACUAGUCGAGAUUUGGCUACCGGCCAUCAUCCCAAUGCUGGCAAAACCCGCCGAGCGCCGUGCAUGGAACCGCAUGUUCGCACAACUUUCUCAUUCAGAAAGCGAACACCUCCUCAUUGCGGGUCUGCAACGGCUUUCAGAGCGGAAUCUACUGAAAAGCAACAGCGAAAAGGCAAGCAAAGUGUUACUGGACUGGAUCGGACAGGCAACGAUUGAGCAAAAUGAUCAUUUCCUCGCAAUCUUUCGCAAACUCCUACUCGACUCGCACUAUGAUAUAUCUGUUUCUCGGAUACUAGUCAGAAUGAUUGCACGUUUUCACGUCCCAUCAUCACUUUCCGUCCCGGUCGCCUCCCGCUGGUUGAUUGAAACGUGGGUAGACCCAACCUACAUCAAAUACGCCACUUACGAGCAGCACAAAGGCCUCACAUCUGUGAUUCUCAUGUGCCUUGGCAUAUUAACCGCGGAUGACAUCAGCGAGCAGGAUCUAGUAUCUCUGUUCUUGCCGGGGAUGCAAAUCUAUUUGGAGAGCACGGACCCAAGGGUGCGAUGUUUGGGCAUGAUCACGGCGGAGCAGUUCUCAAAGAAGAUGGGUAGCUCGGCGAAACUGGAUUUUGAACUGGAAGUGGAUGAUGAGGUCCGGUUCCUGAGAGGACUCGUCGACGGAGGAGAGGGUGAAAUGAAGGCUGAAGAUGUGCACGGCACUGAAAACGCGGGCGUUUCGAAUAUUGAAGCGUUGCGGUCGAUGUCUAUGGAAGAACGGAUAACUGAGCUCUCAGGCGACAGCUCCGACGCCGGAUCUGGCGAUUCAGACGAUGACGACGACCUUGUACCGCUGAAUCUGGAGGAAACAGACCCAAAUCGCCAUCCGGACCAUCCUCCAAAGGCUCGGCCGCCCGCUUACAUCCAUGAAUGCCUCGCGGGUCUUCGUUCCCACGAGGACCCCGACAAACUCGAGAUGUCCCUUGCCACUGCUGAAUCGCUCAUCACUACCUCGCACCAAUCUGCAAUUGACGAGAUCGCUAUCGAUUUACUAUCGUGCCUGCUCUUCCUGCAAAAUAACUACGAUACGAAGGAUUUUGAGAAAACUCAGAUUGCUGCAAUCGCUGCAUUGAUUUCCCGGCAACCGAGAGUUUGCGCGGCGUAUCUGAUCGAUAAGUUCUACGAGAAAUCAACCGGUUUCAGACAUCGCAUGGACAUACUCAACAGCAUUUGUAUGGGCGCAAUGCGGCUAAGUGGGCUCGGAACUGUUGGACUCUCUACUUUCAGCGGCACGGCUUCUAUGUUACCGGCUGCCAGCACACACGAGCUUCCGAUCCAACCAUCGACCACAGUCGGGACCGUCACGCGGAGAUCCGCCCCGCGUACAGCCAAGGCACACGCCAAGCAAAACGCAUUCGCACCACACGCAGCUCACUUCCUUUCCCCGCUGAUAGGCAAAUUCGACUCCUCGACUCGUACCGCCGUCAUAUUCGGCGGCGCGCAUGGCCGCUUACUCCUCGCAAGGCUUAUCACCACUGCAGGCAUUAUCCUGCACAGCGCUGCCAACAGCAUCGACUCGCGAUCUUUAGCCCGUCAGUUUUUCAAUUUCCUCUGGCCAUUGAGGCUGCUUGAUGCGCCGUUGCAAAUAGCAGCAGCAGCGGGGCAACAACAUCAGUUCGCGAAUACCAAGCGAAACACGGACAGUUUGCACCAAGCAAUCCUGUUUGGCGUGUCGGUGCUGUUUGUGAGCCUGCCUUCGUUCUUGAUUCGAGACGAGUUUGGGAACGCCGGGGAAGGAGCCGGAUAUGGCACCGAAGGCGUCGUUUCCGAAAUCAUGCAAGUUCAGCGGUGGUUGUUAGAUAUCCUAGCAACGGAACCGAAAGCUGAAACGAGGCAGCUGGCGGCCUCAGUUUUGAGCACUACCCAGGAGUUUAUGACAGAGCAGAGGGACUCCUUCAUGGGAGAUGCACGAGCAAUCGAGGGAGCUGCAAUUCUACUGUGA